UUGAAAGUGUAUCUAUAAAUGGUCACUGACCCAGUGUGAACUAUUAGUUCGUUGUCAACUUGUUGCAAUAUCAGUACCAUGAAAGUACUUUUGUUCCUCCUGGUGACAAUUUUAGCCACCAGUGCCGAAAAAAAGCACGAAAAACGCCACCUAUGGCACAGCGAAGAGCUCCUCGGAGGAGAACUCAAACUAGACGAAGGCUUCGGAGAAAUCGAAGGAAAAUGGGAAUCAGACUCAUGGGACUUAAAACACCCUGAGAAAAUCAUCACCGUUGAAAAAAAAGUGGAAGUACCUUACCCCGUCGAAAAACAAGUGUUAGUACCCGUGGAAAAAUCAGUCCCAGUGCCUGUGAAAAUCCCCGUACCUCACCCCUACCCCGUCUUAAAAAAAGUCUUCUACGCGGUGAAAGAACUCAUCAAAGUCCCAGUACCCAUCCACAAACCCGUCCCAGUGGAACGCAUCGUCAAAGUCCCAGUCAAAGUACCAGUGGACCAACCCUACCCCGUCAAAGUCUACGAACCCAGACCCUACCCAGUAAUCAAAGAAGUGCACGUUCCUUACGAAGUCAAAGUGCCGCAACCGUACCCCGUGGAGAAAGAAGUACCGGUCCCCGUCAAAGUACCAGUUCACGUUAUCAAGCCAUACCCGGUGGAAAAAAUCGUCAGGGUACCAGUUAAGGUGCCAGUGGACCGACCCGUGCCGUACGAAGUCAUCAAACCCUAUCCCGUUAAAGUGGAAAAGAAGGUACACGUACCGUACCCUGUGGAGAAGCCGUACCCUGUGAAGGUGUACGUGGAACGACCGGUACCAUACACUGUGGAGAAAAAGGUACCGUAUCCGGUCAAAGUGGAAGUGCCGCAGCCGUACCCCGUGGAAAAAAUCGUGAAAGUGCCUGUGGUUAAAGAAGUACCGUAUCCGGUGGAGGUUAAGGUGGAAAGGCCGGUACCGUAUGAGGUGAUCAAGCAUGUACCUUACACUGUUGAGAAGAAGAUACCGGUACCGGUGAAGGAGGAGGUGAAAGUGCCGAUUAAACACAGGAAGAAGUGCGAAGAAGAAGAAGAAGAAGAAGAAGAGAGAGGUGGAGAAGAGGAAAAGAAGUUGGACUUUCCCAGGUGGAAGGAGGAAGAAGAUAUUAUAGGGAAAUGUUCCCAUUCCCUCGUUACAAAAGAACAUAUAAUUCACCACGCCCACCCACCCCGCCUCCAAUUCAGUGAUUCAGUUGGUCUAGUCGGAAUGAAAGGUGGAUCUCAAUUUAAGAGAGAUCAAAUCGUUAAAAUGAGAACAGCGUACAGUAACCAAAUCUUAAUUGCGACCCUCCAUCCGCUUCAAUUUCUCUCCGAUUUCCACGAAUUGGCGAUUUUCCGGUCACCUAAUGCAGUACCGUGGUUAUCGGUACUCCUCGGUACUGAUCCAGGUCACCGUUACAAUAGACUUUGUCAAAAAUCUGCGACUUUGAAGGUCACCGAGCUCCUCCGAUACCAUUAG